AUUUCCCCAGGUAUCCUCUCAUCAGUUUCACUUCCGUCCGGGUUUUAUUCAUCACUCUCUCUCCUCUCUCUCUCAACGAACAAAGAAGAAAGAAAAAAUGAGCUCCCAAAUCUGCAGAUCUGCUUCGAAAGCAGCAAGGUCUCUUCUCUCCUCUGCUAAGAAUGCUCGUUUCUUCUCCGAAGGACGAGCGAUUGGUGCGGCGGCUGCGGUUACUGCAUCUGGAAAGAUGCCUCUCUAUGCAUCUAACUUUGCAAGAUCAUCAGCUUCUGGUGCCGCCUCCAAGAGUUGGAUCACUGGACUCUUGGCUCUUCCUGCUGCAGCCUACAUGGUUCAAGAUCAGGAGGUUUUUGCUGCUGAGAUGGAACGCACUUUCAUUGCCAUCAAGCCUGAUGGAGUGCAGCGAGGACUGAUAUCAGAGAUCAUUUCUCGAUUCGAACGCAAGGGAUUCAAGCUUGUUGGUAUCAAGGUCGUUGUUCCUUCCAAAGAUUUCGCACAGAAGCAUUACCAUGAUCUCAAGGAAAGACCUUUCUUCAGCGGCUUGUGUGACUUCCUUAGCUCUGGUCCUGUUAUCGCCAUGGUAUGGGAAGGAGAAGGUGUGAUCAGAUACGGACGUAAACUGAUUGGAGCCACCGAUCCUCAGAAAUCUGAGCCUGGGACUAUCCGAGGAGAUCUUGCUGUUGUUGUUGGGAGGAACAUAAUCCAUGGAAGUGAUGGACCAGAGACUGCUAAAGAUGAGAUUAAUCUGUGGUUCAAGCCUCAAGAACUUGUCUCUUACACCAACAACGCUGAGAAGUGGAUCUAUGGCGACAACUAAACCCCUCUUUCUCUCUUCUUUUGACAUCCAAUAAAAUUGUUCUUGUUCCUUUACCCCCAAACAAUAAAACAAAAAACAGGUAUUACAUAUACAAACACAUUCCGGGUUUUGUAUUUUCCCGGUGAACUCAGUUAUCAGAGCAGAAGUAAUAAUAAGUAUGAGAAUGAGAUUAUUGGAUAUUGAAAAUUUUGUUUGUUUUGCAUGGAAGAUGCAGAUUCUAGAUAUUAGCUUGCGUUUUUUUUGUUUUGUUGAGAAAAAGUGGUUAAAUGUAAUAUACUAAUAUCGCUUAGUGUUUUU